UUUUGCCUUAUCAGUUAUCACUAUCAGUAAAACCCUCCCAAAACCCAACUGUUUACCUUCGUCAAAUUCCAAACUAUGUCGUUGCCAUUUUCUUCACCGAUCUUCUCACAUUGUGAUGUUUCAGGAUUACGUGGAAAAUCAAAUCCAAACGGGCUAUGGCAGAGAAACAGAGUGAGGCAAACGAUGUUAGUGGUGAAAGCAGGCCCUAAGAGAAUCGAAUUUGACAAAAAAUGCAGAGAUGCUUUACUUUCGGGGAUCAAUAAGCUCGCUGAUGCUGUUUCUGUGACUUUGGGACCGAAAGGGCGAAAUGUUGUCCUUUCAGAGUCCAAGAAACUCAAAGUGAUCAAUGAUGGUGUAACUAUUGCCCGGGCCAUAGAGCUCCCUGACACAAUUGAGAAUACUGGAGUGCUGCUAAUCCAAGAGGUUGCGACCAAAACCAAUGGUUCAGCUGGUGAUGGCACGACAACUGCGAUCUUGUUGGCCCGAGAAAUGAUUAGAUAUGGAUUAUUAGCUAUCACUAAUGGGGCUAACCCUGUAUCGUUAAAGAAAGGAAUGGAGAGGGCAGUGGAAGAAUUGGUCAAGGUUUUGAGAGAGAGAAGUUAUGCUGUAAGAGGGAGUGAUGAAAUUAAAGCUGUAGCUUCGUUGUCUGCUGGAAAUGAUGAAUAUGUUGGAAACUUGAUUGCCGGAGCUAUUGAGAAAAUUGGCCCUGAUGGUGUGAUAUCAAUUGAAUCUUCUUCGUCAUCUGAAACUUCUGUAACAGUCGAUGAAGGAAUGAAGAUAGAUAAAGGAUACAUGUCACCACACUUUGUGACAAAUAAGGAUAAAUCGAUAGUGGAAUUUGAAAAUGCGAGAGUUCUGGUGACCGAUCUACAGAUAUCCAGUGUGAAGGAGAUUGUUCCGUUACUGGAGAAGUCUACACAAUUGAGUGUCCCUCUACUGAUUUUUGCUGAAGACAUAUCUCGGCAAGUGCUGGAAACUCUAGUCUUGAACAAAAUGCAAGGCGUGCUUAAUGUCGCCGUUGUAAAAUGUCCAGGGCUUGGAGAAGGAAAGAAAGCUAUAUUGCAAGAUAUUGCUCUUAUGACAGGAGCUGACUUUAUAUCCGGAGAUUUUGGGGUGGCUCUUGAAACAGCAACUUCUGAUCAGCUUGGUGUUGCUCGAAAAGUGACAAUCACUAGCAAUUUUACCACCAUAGUGGCGGAUCCAUCGACAAAAGCUGAAAUUCUGGCCAGAAUAAUGCAGAUAAAAAAGGAUCUCGCUGAAACUGAUAGCAAAUAUCUAGCAGAAAAGCUAAGUGGGCGGAUUGCAAAGCUCUGUGGCGGGGUGGCUGUUAUUAAGGUUGGUGCUCAUACAGAAGUUGAACUUGAAGACCGAAAACUACGAAUAGAAGAUGCUAAAAAUGCCACGUUUGCGGCCAUGGCUGAGGGAGUGGUUCCUGGUGGUGGGGCCACCUACAUACAUCUCUCAAAGCAAAUACCCGUGAUCAAGGAGGCCUUUGAGGACCCUGACGAGCACAUUGGUGCAGACAUUGUUGGAAAGGCACUUCUUGCACCAGCAAAAGUAAUUGCAGCAAAUGCAGGGGUUGAUGGAGACGUGGUUGUGGAAAAAAUUAAAGCUUGUGAUUCGAAUUUCGGGUAUAAUGCAAUGACUGGGAGAUACGAAGAUCUAAUUGCUGCUGGUGUCAUUGACCCUUGCCGGGUCUCAAGAUGCGCCCUUCAGAAUGCCGUUUCUGUUGCUGGUGUGAUCCUAAUCACUCAAGCCAUACUAGUCGAGAAAAUCAAGAAGGCCAAGCCACCUGUUCCCCAGAUUCCCGGUAUAUCCCCUUGAAGACGGGAAAUCCACGAGGUACACUAGAAAAUCUGAUUAAUCGCCAUUCUUUGAGACAAAUACUUCUUCCUUUAGUGCCAACGAGAAGGAGAUCGUACAAUGUUGGAUUGUUGAAAUACGAAGCGCUCCCGUUGUAGAAGGUAUGAUUCUUGAAAGUGCCAUUGAUGACGAAAUUUUGAUCUAUUGGACACGUUGGCGAUGACAUGUUCAUCGCCAACGUGGCAUUCUAGAUACAUUGCCAGUGCUUCAGAUCAGCACCAUCUAGGAUUUGUUAUGUGGGACUCUAGGAAUGCAAAUUUUGUUUCAUUAGAUUAUUACCAAACUGCAAUGUGACAAGAAGAAAGUGACUCUUCCUCACUUUCUAAAAAUUUAAAUAUAGCAAAUGUUAACUAACCAAAUACAAAAUGAUGGUGAAAAUGUGGAAAUAUCUGGGAUAGGUAGAACUCAUCCAUCUGCAUAACUACUUGUAUACCUUUUGCUACUGAAUUAUUUUUCCUUGCUAAAUAAUGUCUCACCUUUUUCUGCCAUUUCUUACAUAUAUUGAUACAUAUGAUCUACUACAUCAAGAUUCCAAUUGAUUGCGUUUUUGUCUCUAGUAGAAAGGUAGCAAUCUUCAUGUAUAAAACAUCCAUUUUGAAGCUAUGAUUAUAUUUAGCAAUCUUCAUCAAGUAGUCAUUAUUAUUUCAUGUUAAUUUCCAUUUCAUCUUCGUAUAAAGUUGUGUACUAAUUUUGAUUAAGCCUAGUAUGCUAGCUAAUUUUUGCUGUGUGUGACAGUAAAUAUAUAAUGAUUCAGGCUUGAUGUGAAAGUUAA